UGUGAUAUCAUAGCUUCAGAGUUCACUGUUCUUGACUGAUCGAUGUUUUGAUUUUCAUCUGUUUCACCUAUAACGAGUCGGGUAGAUUUUUCGGUUCUAUACUUUUGGAUUUCACGGAACGAAACAUCUUAAUAAACAUGAAUCGGCUGUUAUCACUUCACAAGUUCAACUCUUCUUUAGUUAGCAUUUUUCAGUUGUCAGCUUGGAGAGGAAGUAUCUUUAGUCCAGUAUUUUCAUACAAUUCAGCUCUGCACUCAUCAGUGCGCUGGAAAUCAAAAGGGGGACAUGCGAAACAUUCUAAAAUUGUUAGUCGAAGUGAUGUCACUGAAGAAGUUUUGUCAUUCCUAAAAGAAGAUAAGAUGAACAAAGAAUUUCAAAAUAUCUUGUCACACUUUCAAAACUCGCUUGUUCAACGUUUAACCUUAAGAAUGACUCCACAAUUAUUUUUCGAUAUUAUGAUUCCUGAUGCCAAUGUAAAACUUGGUCAAGUAGCAAAUUUAACUUUACAAAAUUCUAUGCAUCAAAACAUUUCUUCAAAUAAUUCUCAUAACAGAGCAAAUUUGAGCGAUCAAUAUCUUCUUGUUGAUCUUACUGGUAGACCUGAACUAUUUGCUUCUGCUCGAAAAGCUGUAGUCGCAUUUUUAGAUCCACGUAAAGAUGGUUCUGGUGAAAGUAGAAUCCAGUCAGCUGGUCAACAUGCAUUUACCAUAAGGUUAAAUACUGUAAUUACUCAAGAAUCUCGUCAAAAAGCACUGACUCAAGGACAAGAAUUAUUACAUCAAACAAUUCAUGAAAUGGAUAAAAUUUAUCAUCAUUAUAAUAAAUUAUUAAAUUCUAAACAAUUUAAAGAACAAUUCAGUGAAGAUGACUUAUUCACAGCUCGAGAAUAUCUACGUCUACUUGUUAAAGAUCAACAUAAAUUAGCUGAAACAAUAUGGAAACCGAAAAAACUUGAAUUAGAAGGAUGAUAAAGAAAGAAAGAAGAAGAAGGAGGGAUGAUUUGAUUGUGUAUUCAUAUACAAAUUUAUUAGCUUGUCUAUUUAUUGUACAUGUCUGUUGAAUUUAUGAACAUUUGUAUAUAUUUUUAAUGAAAUGUAAUGAAUGAAGUUCUUUUGAAAAAAAUAUUUUCUUUUUAGAAGUUGUUUGUAAUAGUAGGAAUGAUAAAUGACAAAUAAAACAGAUUACAAU